AGUUCCGCACGGGGGUGACAGCCUGGAAUGCCCGUGCCCCGGGAAGUUGGCUUUGCCUUCGCGGGGCUUGGAGUCUGAGGAUCCUUCUGAGUUUCUAUCAUUUCCCCAUUCAACUACGGGAGGCCCGGCGGCACGUCUCACUGUUCUUGGCGCCUCGGCUCCCUCUACCCAAGUAGCAGUUACUGCUCCUAUAAGUUUUCCGGGUCCCGUUGGUUUCCAUGGCAGCCGAGUCCUAGGCGCUAAGAGCUGCUGAGCCCUGGGAACCACCGGUGACUUUUCCGACCCCGGGAACGGGGUGAAAGGUGACCCUCAAUCUCGUGUGAAAGCAAAACCACUCCCCUCCAGCGCCGCCUCUUAGUCGGUCUCCUGCAGAAUAGGUGCCGCUAGGGCCCCUUCCCCGCACUCUCGGAGGAGUAGGCAGCUCCAUCGUCUUGGGGCGCGCUCCGCCACCUUCCACCUCUCGGUCCAGUUCCCCUGAACUCAGCCUUGACAGAGGCCAACUUCAAGUCCGCCACUAUCCCAGGAUUCCCAACUCCGAGUUUCCUGCCCUUCUCCCCUCCCAGGUCCUGGAGCCUGUCGGAGCCGCAAGAUGGCGGACGGGGACUACUUCGCGGAGGCCGCGCGGGCUGCGGGGUGUCCUCAUGCAUCUGUUCCCGGCCUGGGCCUGGGCCUGGGCCCGCCGCUAGGCUGGAAAGAGCGGCUGAAGGCAGGGCUGGCGAACUCGGGGUCUACGCUGUGGUUCCUGGCGGGGCUGGGGCUGCUUUACGCUCUGAGGGUCCCGCUGAGGCUGUGUGAUAACUUGACAGCGGUAACAGGGUUUUUAAGUUCACUGACACCCAAGUUCUAUGUGGCGCUCACCGGGACGUCUUCUUUGAUAUCUGGACUAAUAUUUAUAUUUGAAUGGUGGUACUUCCAUAAGCAUGGAACAUCUUUUAUUGAGCAAGUAUCUAUAAGUCAUUUGCGACCUCUGAUGGGAGGAACAGAGAGUAGCAUUUCAGAGCCAGGUUCUCCUGCCAGCAACAGAGAAAGUGAAGCCCUCAGACACCACCAUUUGUCAGAAUGCAAGGUCUGGAGAAAUCCUCUAAACCUUUUCAGAGGGGCAGAAUAUAGGAGAUACACUUGGGUGACUGGUAAGGAGCCACUGACUUACUAUGACAUGAACUUGUCUGCCCAGGAUCAUCAGACCUUUUUCACCUGUGAAACAGACUUUUUACGGCCUUCAGACACAGUUAUGCAGAAGGCAUGGAGGGAAAGAAAUCCUCCAGCUCGAAUCAAAGCAGCCUAUCAAGCUUUAGAGUUAAACAAUGACUGUGCCACUGCCUACGUUCUACUGGCCGAGGAAGAAGCAACAACCAUCGUAGAUGCUGAAAGGUUAUUUAAACAGGCACUCAGGGCAGGAGAAAUAAUUUAUAGGCGAUCACAGCAGUGCCAACACCAAAGUCCCCAGCAUGAAGCUCAACUGAGGCGAGAUACCAAUGUGCUUGUGUAUAUUAAAAGAAGAUUGGCAAUGUGUGCAAGAAAAUUAGGAAGAAUAAGAGAAGCAGUAAAAAUAAUGAGAGAUUUGAUGAAAGAAUUUCCUCCUCUUACCAUGUUGAACAUCCAUGAAAAUCUCUUAGAAUCACUUCUAGAAUUGCAGGCCUAUGCAGAUGUUCAGGCAGUCCUGGCAAAAUAUGAUGAUAUAAGCCUUCCAAAAUCAGCAGCCAUCUGUUACACAGCAGCACUGUUGAAAACGAGGACUGUUUCAGAUAAAUUCUCUCCAGAAACAGCCUCCAGAAGAGGAUUAAGUACAGCAGAAAUUAAUGCUGUGGAAGCAAUUCAUAGAGCUGUGGAAUUUAAUCCUCAUGUUCCAAAAUAUUUACUAGAGAUGAAAAGCUUAAUCUUACCUCCUGAACACAUUCUGAAGCGAGGCGAUAGUGAAGCAAUUGCUUACGCUUUCUUUCAUCUUCAGCACUGGAAGCGAAUAGAGGGUGCUCUCAAUCUCCUGCAGUGUACGUGGGAAGGCACUUUUAGAAUGAUUCCAUAUCCAUUGGAGAAAGGACAUCUAUUUUACCCUUACCCCAGCUGCACAGAGACUGCUGAUAGAGAGCUAUUGCCUACCUUCCAUCAUGUUUCUGUUUAUCCAAAGAAGGAGCUUCCUUUUUUCAUCCACUUUACAGCAGGACUCUGUUCUUCUACAGCAAUGAUAGCGUUUCUCACACAUCAGUUUCCUGAAGUCAUGGGUGUUUUUGCUAAAGCUGUGAGUAUGAUCUCAAGGACUUGUGUGGAGUAUUUAUAAAACAUCACAGGAAACCAUCUCUGAUCUGUCUGUGCUAACCCACAUGAGCAGUGAAAGAUAUUUGUUACAGUAAAUGGCAGGAAUUGACUUGUAAAGCUACUACCAUAAAUAUGUCAAACAUGAGUUUUUGAUGAUGUGAACCUACUUCUGUUGCUUAAAAGUCUAAGAAAUACAAUGCUAUAACAUUAUAAUGUUGGCCUUUGUAAUUACUUUUGAUGAUUAAUACAGCAUUCAUUACCAACUA